GAGUUGGAAUGAAAAAAUGUCCAGUGAGCGCAAGAAGUGGAAUGAAUCUUGGGCUAAGCAGAAUGACAUUCUGUUUCAUGCUCGGCAGGAGUUAACGAACGCCAAGGCAGCGAACGUUGCCUUGGGUAAAGAGAAAGCUGCAGCGGAGGCCAUUGCUGUGAAAGCGCAGCAGGCGAAGGCCGAGGCCCUGAAGGCGCUUGAGGAGGCCAAGGAAGCCGGGGCGCGUGCUACAAAGGCCUUUGAAGAGGCCGCGGAGAAGGAGAGCCGUUCUUCUAAGGCUCUUGAAGAGGCGCAUGCGGAGCGCAUGCGUUUGGAUAAGGUUAUUGCCAGCCUUCAGGCUGAGUUUCAGGCCCGGGAGGUCGCGGUUACAGACCUUACUGCCCGCGUGUCUGUUGCGGAGAAGCAGGCUGACGCCGCUGUUGAGGCCAAGGAUGCCUUGGUGUCCUCUUUUAACCAGCUGGAGGCUGACCGUGAGUGGAUGCGGGCUCACGGUAUCGCGGUUAUACUACUAAGCGAUCCGGGUUCCAUGGUGUGGACACCGAAUCGCUUCUUAAGGCGGCCGAAGACUCCUUUUAUAAUACGUCCCUUGCCUGUGUAG